AUGGUGCUCUCCCUGGCCCUCUCAAGUUUUUCUUCUCGAACCUCCCCUACCCAGAGCAAAAGUACACCAUCUCCGUCAAAUGAUUCUCCUUCAUCGAAAUUCUCAUCCUCCUCGUCUUCAUGUUCGUCCUUCCCUCAGGCUCAACCUUCGUCACCAACGCCUAAAGAAACACCAGCAUCCGCUUCCGCAGGCCCUGCCUCCUCCAUCGUUGAAACACUACAUGUUAACCCGUUCAGCCUAGCGACCCGAACAAAAUCACCUAGCGACCCAGCUACCAGCGAAAAUAUUGGAGAAAAACAGGAGCGUGAUCGCCGAGAGCUCAACGAAGCGCUGGCUACGCUUUCGCAGCUGUUUCCCGACGUGAAGAUAGAGGUUUUUCGGGAGUUGCUGGUUAGAUUUGAUGGCAACAGCAGGUUGCACGUGUGUGUGGAGCAGCUGCUGAGACAUAGGGCUGAGUGGGUGAAAGGGAGGUGGAAUGUGCCGGAACAGGAUGCUAAAGCUGGUCCUGGUGCUGGAACAGAGGAAACAGGUCGAGGCGCUAUUGCAGUUAACGGAAAUGGGGAUGCUCUGGGGAGAAGGACAAGAUGGAUCCCACACGAAGAGCUUUUUCAGGGCGAAGAGUACAAAGCUGCGGUUAAGGCGACGCUUUCUCAGGAAUUCCGCGCGUUGAGCAGAAGUACCAUCGACGCUGUGCUGGCGGAGGUUAACUUCUCAUACACACGAUCCCGCCCAACGUUACAAGAACUGUCCCGCAAAAGCUGGCGGGUGACAUUUGGUAGCAUCUUUCCGUUCAAGAGGAAGAGGGAUAAAGAUGAGCAUCCGCUCCUGAUUUGGCAAAGGUUGCCGGAUGGGGAACUUGUCCCCGGGUUGAAAGAAACGGGAUGUUUGGAACUAGAUAGGGAAUUGUACAAUACAUUUUUGGCUCCAAAGCUGGCUCAAAGAAAACAGGACCAGGAGGAUAAGAGCCAACAGCUGGCGGAAGAGCUUAACCAAGCUGAGGCAAAGGCUGCGGAAGCUCUGUAUGAAUGCGCUUGCUGCCUUUCAGACGUUACUUUCGAGCAGAUAGCAACCUGCCCUGUCAACUUUCACAUUAUCUGUUUCAACUGCAUCCAGCGAACCACUCAUGAGGCCCUUUUCGGCCAGGGGUGGGGGAGAUCCAUUUUCCAUGAAAAAUCAACAUUACGCUGUCUGGCGCCGGUGUCAGAGGGUACGUGUGAGGGCGCCCUGGACCCGAUGAUUGUGAAAAGAGCGAUUUUAGCCGAAAAAGCUGGGGCAGAAACCUAUCAGAAAUUUGAAGAUCGCCUUGCUUCGGAAUCCCUUUUGAAAUCUCAACUGAAAUUGAUACGUUGCCCGCUGUGUUCGUAUGCGGAGGUUGAUCCCGUUUACCAUCCGACGGGGAAAGGGUUUAGCUGGCGUUUCCGACGUGGGAAUCUCUUCCCGACAAUUAUUACGAUAAUAUUUCUGCUCGACUUGAUACCCAUUCUUAUUCUUCCGGUUUUAUAUUAUCUCGUAUUUUCCCCGUCAAUUAUUUCCACGAUCUUAUCUACUUCACUACGAAACAUCUGCCUCAAAACCCGCGCACAGCGAUUUACCUGUUCAAACCCAUCCUGCCGCUCCGAUAGCUGUAUUAACUGCCGCAAGCCAUGGCAGGAUCCCCACCAGUGUCAUGAGCCUCUCCUCCAUUCUCUGCGAACAACUGUCGAAGCUGCCCGCACGGCCGCAAUUAAACGCACCUGCCCACGUUGUGGUCUCUCUUUUGUCAAGUCAUCCGGCUGCAACAAACUCACCUGUGUGUGCGGGUACGCGAUGUGCUAUAUAUGCCGCAAAGCUCUUGGCCCUCCCCUUCGAAUCGCCGGCGCCAACCAUAUUCCGCCUGCCCGCCAACAACCAGCAAGAGCUCGACAUAGGUGGCUUGCCCGCGACCAGGAUAACAACAAUAUAGAGAACGCCCCCCUUGGCGACCAUGGACUAGACGGCAAUUUAGGGAACGUGACAGAUGACAACGAAAACGAUUACUCAGACGAUGACGUCAAUAUCGCCAACAACGCUGUACCGGCCGAAGACGAAGAACCGGAAGGCUACAAACAUUUCUGCGAACAUUUUCGCCUCAACCCAGGCUCCCGCUGUACCGAAUGUAACAAAUGCGACCUCUACCUUACCGAAGAUGAAGAAGCCGUCGCACGGCGUGCGGGCGAACGGGCAGAGCGCCAGUGGCGCCUACGGCAAGGUCUACUCAAUUCCUCUUCCCCGACUUCAGCUGCCCCGGGCACUUUGCCGAGUGAUGCCCUGGCAAAACUGUAUGGUUACUCCGGCCGCAGCGGUAGUGGGCCUGGUAGUACGCUGUAUUAUUCUGGGUAUCCUGGGUAUACAGGCGGUGCUUCUGGCUCGCGGGAUGGGAAUUGGAAUUUGCAGCUUGAUGAGGUGGAUUGGAGGACGCGAUUGAGGUUUUGGAUGUGGGAUAUUUGGCGGGAUGGGCGGUGGAAGGGGGAAGGGCAAUUGUUGGUUGAUCGGGUGAUGGAGAUGGUUCUGGUUGUGGACUUGUAG